CUUGACACUAUGCGAUGGAAUUGUUCAUUAAUAAAUAAUUCCAUGUGUUUUAAUUUAAGUUAUUUUAUUAAAAAUUUUAUCUAGUUUUCAUAAUUAAUCGUUAAUAGCAAAAAUGGCUAGUCUUCGGGAAAAACAAAUUGCUGCUCUGAAGCAAAUGCUCAAUUUGAAUGAACAAGAGCCAAGGCCAGGAGGAAUAAUGCCAGUUUGGAAAGUUUUGAUCUACGAUAGAAUCGGUCAAGAUAUAAUUUCUCCUUUAAUAUCAAUAAAAGAGCUUAGGGAACAUGGAAUAACUCUACAUAUGCAGCUGCACACUGACAGAGAUCCUAUCCCUGAAGUUCCAGCAGUUUAUUUUUGUGUUCCAACUGAUGAAAACAUUCAACGUAUUGGUCAAGAUUUUCAAAAUAACUUGUACGACAUUUAUCAUUUGAAUUUCAUAUCUCCAAUUAAUCGACAAAGAAUGGAAGACUUAGCAAGUGCAGCUCUAACAGCUGGAGUAGUUUCAAAUAUUCAUAAGGUAUAUGAUCAGUAUCUGAAUUUCAUUACAUUAGAAGAUGACCUUUUCAUAUUGAGACAUCAAAAUAGUGAUAUCAUUUCAUAUCAUUGUCUUAAUAAAAUAGAUAUGAAAGAUACAGAAAUGGAUACAAUUAUGGACAUAAUUGUUGACUGUUUAUUCUCAGUUUUUGUAACAUUAGGAACAGUACCAAUAAUCAGAUGUCCAAGAGGCAAUGCUGCAGAGAUGGUAUCAAAAAAACUUGACAAAAAAUUAAGGGAUAACGUUUGGGAUUCGAGAAAUACGUUAUUCCAAGGUGAAGGAAUUAGAUCUAAUCAUUUCAGUUUCCAAAGGCCGUUAUUAAUAAUCUUGGACAGAAGUGUGGAUAUGGCAACAGCUUUGCAUCAUACAUGGACAUAUCAAGCUCUGGCUCAUGAUAUAUUAGAGCUGUCUCUCAACAGACUGGUAGUAGAAGAAAGUGCUGGCAAGUCGACCGGAGGUGGAGCUCGUUCAAAGACGCGAGCUUGUGAACUCGAUAACUCCGACAAAUUUUGGGCAUCACAAAAGGGCAGUCCUUUUCCAAGCGUGGCUGAAGCUAUUCAAGAAGAGCUUGAGCAGUAUCGAGGUUUUGAAGCAGAAGUAAAAAAACUCAAAACGUCUAUGGGUAUUGGUAAUGACAGUGACGAAGCUGUGUCCAUGGUAUCUGAUAAUACGGCUAAACUCACCAGCGCAGUUAAUUCACUGCCACAACUAUUGGAAAUGAAGCGGCUAAUUGAUAUGCAUACGACGAUAGCAACUGGGAUAUUGAAUGCAAUAAAAUCUCGACGACUAGAUACGUUUUUUGAAAUUGAAGAAAAAAUUAUGAGCAAACAAACGCUUGAUAGAAGUAUUCUGGAUAUAAUCAAUGAUCCCGAAUGUGGUCUGCCAGAAGAUAAAUUACGUCUUUUCAUCAUUUAUUACUUGUGCACAAAUAUGUCUGAUGCAGAUUACAACAAACAUGAAGCUGCACUAUCAAACAUAAAUUGUGAUUUGAAUCCUUUGGUUUAUUUGAAGAGAUGGAGAAACUAUAUGAAAAUGACAGGACUUUCAAAUAGUUAUGAAGGUGGCGGUACAAAAACUGUCAGCAUGUUUUCUAAAUUGAUGAAUCAAGGAUCUUCAUUCGUGAUGGAAGGAGUGAAGAAUUUAGUAGUUAAAAGACAUAAUCUUCCUGUGACUAAAAUUGUUGAUGAAUUGAUUGAUAUGAAACAAUCUACUCAAACUGAUGAUUAUUUUUAUUUUGAUCCUAAACAACUGAAGCAAUCAGAUCAAGUUCCAAAAUCUCGAACAGCAUUUCAAGAAGCUAUAGUUUUUAUUGUUGGGGGUGGAAAUUAUAUAGAGUAUCAGAAUUUAAUGGAUUACGUAAAGCAGAAAACUGGAGGUGGUACAAGCAAACGAAUUGUUUAUGGUUCUACUACACUCACAAAUGCUAAACAAUUUCUUAAACAAUUGUCUCUUCUUGGUCAAGAACACUAAUCAGUUAUAAAUAUAUUUAAGUAAUUUUGUG